UCUGCGUGUGCGCCCGCUGGGCAAGGAGAGGGGGCGCCUAGAGCACCGCGGGGUGCCGGGGGUGUGGCCUCGCGGGCCCGGCACGGCGCGGCCCCUUCCUCGCCUCCCCCACCUCCCUCGGCCGAGUUUGCUGGCCGGGCCUCUCUGAGGCCUCCACUCUUUCAAGGGCGUCUCCAAGGCCUCGCAGCCGCGUCUGGCCACGGCGCUCGCGCGCCGGAAGUGACGUAGAAGGGCGGGCGGGGCCGCGGAAGCGGCGACUGCGCAGGCUCCCUGCGGACCGAGUCGCCGGGGCCAAAUGCGGUGCGGAGGGCGGGGCGCGCCGCCACUUCCGCUUCCGGUCCGUCGCCUCCGGUUGCUUCCCGUCCGCUCGGCGGCUCCCCUCCCCCGCCCGGCUCUCUGCGCCCCUCCCGGGCGCCGGGGCGGCGGGGCCGUCGGCGUGCGGCCCUCCGUGCGUUCGCGCGUGCGCCCGAGUGCGCCUCCGUGUCCGCCGCCCGCGGCCAGGCGCGCGCCCCGCGACACCGAGGCCAAGCGGGGCAGGGGGCUGCCCGCGAUGACCCCCCGGAGCCCGGCGUGAGAGGCCGAGAUGCGGUGACCCCCAGCCCCUGCUGCUGUCUUUUCCUCCAGUCGCCCCUGUCUCGCCACAUCCCGGGGGGCCCACCACCCUCACCAUCACCCGCCGCCAUGUCGACCUCGUCGCUGCGGCGCCAGAUGAAGAACAUAGUCCACAACUAUUCGGAGGCCGAGAUCAAGGUCCGAGAAGCCACGAGCAACGACCCCUGGGGCCCAUCCAGCUCCCUCAUGUCUGAGAUCGCUGACCUCACCUACAACGUUGUCGCCUUCUCCGAGAUCAUGAGCAUGAUCUGGAAGCGGCUCAAUGACCAUGGCAAGAACUGGCGGCAUGUCUACAAGGCCAUGACGCUGAUGGAGUACCUCAUCAAGACCGGCUCGGAGCGCGUGUCCCAGCAGUGCAAGGAGAACAUGUACGCGGUGCAGACGCUCAAGGACUUCCAGUACGUGGACCGUGACGGCAAGGACCAGGGCGUGAACGUGCGUGAGAAGGCCAAGCAGCUGGUGGCCCUGCUCCGUGACGAGGACCGGCUGCGGGAGGAGCGCGCCCACGCACUCAAGACCAAGGAGAAGCUGGCGCAGACCGCCACGGCGUCCUCAGCAGCCGUGGGCUCAGGGCCCCCACCUGAGGCGGAGCAGGCAUGGCCACAGAGCAGCGGGGAGGAGGAGCUCCAGCUCCAGCUGGCCUUGGCCAUGAGCAAGGAGGAGGCCGACCAGCCCCCAUCCUGCGGCCCUGAGGACGACGUCCAGCUCCAGCUGGCCCUUAGUUUGAGCCGUGAGGAACACGACAAGGAAGAGCGGAUCCGCCGUGGGGACGACCUGAGGCUUCAGAUGGCCAUAGAGGAGAGCAGGAGGGAGACUGGUGGCCAGGAGGAGUCCUCCCUUAUGGAUCUUGCUGACGUCUUCACGGCCCCGGCUCCACCACCAGCCACGGACCCCUGGGGAGGCCCCCAGGCGGCACCCAUGACUGCCCCCACCUCGGACCCUUGGGGAGGGGCCCCCGUCCCUCCAGCUGCUGAUCCCUGGGGUGGUCCGGCCCCUACACCAGCCUCCGGGGACCCUUGGAGGCCUGCUGCCCCUGCAGGGCCCCCGGUUGACCCUUGGGGUGGGACCCAGGCCCCUGCAGCUGGAGAGGGGCCCACGCCUGACCCAUGGGGGAGCUCUGAUGGUGGGGCUCCGGUAGGCGGACCCCCAGCCUCUGAUCCCUGGGCUCCAGCCCCGGCCUUCUCAGACCCCUGGGGAGGGUCACCUGCCAAGCCCAGCACCAAUGGCACCACAGCCGUCGGGUUUGACGCGGAGCCAGACGAGUUCUCGGACUUUGACCGCCUGCGUUCGGCCCUGCCGACCUCCGGGAGCAGCACGGGGGAGCUGGAGCUGCUCGCUGGAGAGGUACCCGCACGCAGUCCCGGGGCGUUCGACAUGAGUGGGGUCGGAGGCUCUCUGGCCGAGGCUGUGGGGAGCCCCCCGCCGGCGGUUGCCCCCACCCCGCCGCCGCCCACGCGGAAGACGCCAGAGUCAUUCCUGGGGCCUAAUGCAGCCCUCGUGGACCUCGACUCACUGGUGAGCCGGCCGGGCCCCACGCCGCCAGGAGCCAAGGCCUCCAACCCCUUCCUGCCAAGCGGAGCCCCGACCACCGGCCCCUCCAUCACCAACCCCUUCCAGCCCGCGCCCCCUGCGACGCUCACCCUGAACCAGCUCCGGCUCAGCCCUGUGCCCCCGGUCCCCGGAGCACCACCGACAUACAUCUCUCCCCUUGGUGGGGGCCCUGGCCUGCCCCCCAUGAUGCCCCCAGGCCCCCCAGCCCCCAACACUAACCCCUUCCUCCUAUAAUCCAGGAGGGAGGGGGAUUUGGCCUGGCCCGGCUUCCCCCAUUUCUGCUCCCUGGGAGACCAGUGUUGUGAGUGCAUGUGAAGCGGGGGACCCCUGCCCCCACCCCAGCACCCUCCCCUCCUGGGGCCCACUCACACUACACCCUCUUCCAUGUCCCCCACCCCACCUCCCCGGAGAGAAACUGGACGUGACAUGGGGGAUGGGGAGGGGUGCUGGCCGGAGGAGGACCCCUUUCCUGUGGCAUUAGAAAGGGGAGGGACAGCUGGGGGUCCCCCACCCAUUCCUCUCCCUCCCAACUCCUGACUGGCCCCUCAAUCAGUGUUUGAGCCUCCUCGUCCCUAUGCGCACCCCUUGGUGAAUCCUUGGUGAUAAUUUUGGCAACUUCGGGAAUAAAUGGCAAUUCUCAUGGG